AUGAUGGUUCGACCACGCCCGACCACCUUGGCGCCGACGACUGAUGCCGGAGAAGACCGAGCUCUUUCAAGCAGUGAGAGCACGGGCGAGGACGGGGGGGCGUCAAGCAAUACGGCCACGUUAGAUAGAGUUGAAGCGCAGGCGGCGGCGGCCGGGGGGGGGCGGGGAGGGAGGGACGAGGCACGCCAGAAUGGAAACCGAAAACGGCUCGGAGUUAUUGGUCGUGCUGGCAGCGAGGAUCGACGGUUUCAGAGGCGCACCUUGAGAACGCCGAGACCGAGCACCCGUGUUGCCAGCUUCCGGGAGCUCAAUUCGCGCAAGGUAGAUCGUUCGCUGGUGAAGCAGUCCGUGCUCCACUACCUCUCCGACCCGGAGGAACUGACGGUCAUGCAGUUCACCAACCUCGGGAUGGCUAGCAGCCGGCACUGCGACAUACACCUCACUGUGGAAGUGAUCGAGCAGCACCACAUAGCUGCUGAGACUAUGCGGACGGAGGGACUACAAAAAAGCCUCUUUGCGUACAACGCCCUCAUCUCCGGCUGCGCGUCGGGCCGCGGGUACGAACGCGCGCUAGGGUACUUCGACGACAUGAGGAAGGCGGGUGUGGAGCCGGACGAGAUGACGUUCGCGAGCAUCAUCGCUACCAUUAGGGACGGCUCUGAAGGAAGCCCCGAGCGAGCUAUCGAGGCUGUCCAGAUGAUGAAGGAGGCCGGGCUGCGACCGGACACGUACUGCAUGAACUCUGUCAUGGCGGUCAAUGUGCAAGCUAGGCAGCCCAACGCCGCUCUGAAAAUUUUUGAGGAGAUGAAGAGGGACGAUAUCCCGAGGGACGUGGUGUCGUACAACACGGCCAUCUCCGCCUGCGAUAAGCUGCAAGAUGCCGAGACGGCCGUGCGGCUGCUACGGCAGGCGAGAGAAGACGACGUCGAGCCUGACGUGUUCUCGUACAACACCGCCAUCAGUGCGCUUGGCCACAGCUGCCAAUGGCAGGAGGCCGCUCGAAUUUUCGAGGAGAUGAACGAGGCAGGUGUGGCACCGUCGCUCAUGACAUACAACACCCUCAUUUCAGGCUGUGUCCGUGCGCAAGCCCCUAGCGAGGCCCUAUCGGUGUUUUACCUCAUGAAAGAGAGGGGCAUCAAGCGAGAUCAGUACUCCUUCGCGGGCGCUCUCCACGCGAGCGUGCACCUCAGAGAUUACGAGCUGGCCAUGAAUCUCUUGGAGGAGAUGAUCGACAUGGGGAUGCCGGCUAACUCGCAGAGUUACGCGACGGCCAUCCGCACGUGCGCGCGCUGCAGCAAGAGCGACGAGGCCGUGUUUCUGUACGCCUCCCAACUCCGCAUGUCCAUCGUCCCCACGGAGAUGACCUACAAGGCUCUCGUCGAGGCUUUUACGGACUGCAAAGACGCGAGGAGGGCGGCGUGGGUGCUGGACGAAAUGCGGGAGAUGCUGGUGCCGAUCGAGCAUGUGCACCUGAUGGAUGUGCUCUACGCGUGCACCGACCAGUGCGACAUUGCGCUUGAAGUCCUCCGCCUCAACGAGGAGCUAGGCUUGGAUGCUGUCCCCAAGAUGUACGCCAUGGCCUUGGAGGUGUGUAUUACGGCGGGCGAUUAUGAGGCGUCGACGAUCGCCCUUGACAAGAUGACCGCAGCCGGGUUUGAGCCACGCCCGGAUCAGGAGAAGCGCAUGCUGCGGUCGUGCGCCGAUCCCCAGUGGAUCUCGAAGCGGCAUAGCCCGGGAGAAUUGCAAAGAGUCGAGGAGGAGGGCGAGGGUGAGGGUCGGGAUGUGCCGACUGAUUUUUGGCAAGACAGAGAUGAGGAGCAAGGAUUUCAUCGAAGAGAGGCGUAGCGCUCCACGUCUCGCCUCUUUUGGUGUGCACGGGGCAUGACAAGUACCUUGAGGACUCAGGACCAAAGGCUCCCUUGGCAAUGAUGAGGCACAUGAGUGGGUUGGGUGUGCUGGUUGCAAACGUGCGUUGUCACCAGUGGGGUGGGUAUUAACAUUUUGUUUUUGUUACCUGUGUUGGCGUUGAUGGUGUCAAGUGGGGCGCACGGCAGGUUUACUUAGCGUCAGGAAUUUUGAUCAGGGGGGUCGCUGGGUUUCAAAUGAGAGCCGGGUGGAAAUCCAGAUGUUCCUUGGGAACUGGACUGGGCGGUAACUGGGGCACGUUCAUUCAGGCCGACUGAACAGAGCUCGCAAAGCCUCUUCGAGCGUAAGUUAUUCAUCCCGGAUGGUUGUAACAAAACACGACGUGAGGGUUGUAAGCGUGUAGCAAGGCCACCGCGAAGGGACGUUGUUAAAGGUGGCGUAUUUUCCUCCGUGUCGGAGCGGCUUACCGGCACACCGUCGACUUCGCGGGGGCAACGGCGGGGUGUCGGGAAGGCUAUGCAUGCCGGAACCCCUCAUUUCGCGUAUGCAGACGAUGACAGUUCUGCUGAGGCGACCGGCAGGACGAGAAAAAUGCGUCAUAUUUCGACAGUCUCUCAGGGCAGUGGGCAGGGUCGGAAGGCAACAUUUUUUAAACCUUGAUGUGUGCAGUCCUUCGCGUUGCUUCUGUGGCGAGUGGAGCUGACUCGAAGGGACAUUAGAGUAGAUUGAAUUAGGGUGGCCUGGGGAUUGGAUGUGCUUCGAGAAUUGUAAACAGAAAGGAGGGGGUUCGAGGAAGAGGAGGGUCGCGUUGCGAUACGCCGUGUCAUUGUUCGUAGACACGGCUGCCAGUGGACGCGGGCAUAUUUAGGCACGAAGAUGUUCUGUCGCCGAGUAUCGCUGAGCGUUUGUGUGUCGGAACCAUCGGUUUAGUUUAGAGGCAGAGGUGCACUUAAGAACAGGCGGGGUAUAGAAACGGCACUGGACUUUGAGCAGGUUCGAAAUAUACUUGCGUUCCAACA